UGGAGGUGUUGUCUGCUCGAGGAACCAGUAUGGCUGUUUGACUCGAGUGUCAUUAAAACGGCACAAGCGUAGUACAAAUAUUUAGGCAAACGCUGUAUCAUUAAAUCAUGUCUGUCUUUUUUUUAGGGAAAAUGUGCAGUUUAGCGGCACGAAGAUCCCCAAAUGCCAUUCGGCCGCUUUUACGUAAUGUGUAUCACACUCAAAGAGGGGUGUAUGGAUACAAACCCAAGACAGAAAGCGAUUUGAAAUUGAGCAAGACAGACUUGAUAAAUGAACGCAUACAAGAUCAUGGACUGGCUCGGUUAGUUGAAGCGUACCGAGCACACGGGCACAAAGCAGCAAAAGUGAACCCUUUAUUCACCGGAGAGGCAGCGAUGGAUGUGGUACCUGAGGUUCAGAUCUUAACAGAAGUCAUUCACGGACCUUUCAAUACAAGUGGCUUAUUGCACUUUGGGAAGGCAGAGGGUUCAUUAGAAGAUGUGUUGCAAUACCUCAAUCAUACGUACUGUGGCCACAUGUCCAUCGAGACAAGUCAACUGCAGACACUGGAGGAGAGGGAGUGGUUUGCUCAGAGGUUUGAGGAGCUCAAGAAAGAAGUAUUCACUCCAGAGGAGAGGAGACAACUAGCUACAUUAAUGCUCCAAUCCCAGGAAUUUGACCACUUCUUGUCUACCAAGUUUGCCACAGUGAAACGGUAUGGUGGAGAAGGGGCAGAGAGCAUGAUGGGAUUCUUUUAUGAGCUCUUUCGUCUCGCUGCUUACAGCGGAGUGACUGAUGUGAUCACAGGCAUGCCUCACAGAGGAAGACUAAACCUCCUAACAGGUCUCCUUCAGUUCCCACCUGAGUUAAUGUUUCGUAAGAUCCGAGGGCUGAGUGAGUUUCCUGAAAACUCCCCGGCCAUUGGAGACGUGCUGUCGCAUCUGACCUCCUCUGUGGAUCUGGAUUUUGGCUCUGGGCACCCUCUCCACGUGACCAUGCUGCCUAACCCUUCUCACCUGGAGGCCAUCAACCCAGUCACUGUGGGAAAAACUCGAGGAAGGCAGCAGUACAAGCAAGACGGGGACUAUUCCCCUGACAACUCAGCUCAGCCAGGAGACAAAGUCCUCUGUCUGCAGGUCCAUGGCGAUGCCGCAUUCUCUGGCCAAGGAAUUGUUCCUGAGACAUUCACUAUUUCAAACCUCCCCCACUUUAGAGUAGGUGGAAGCAUCCAUCUGAUUGUAAAUAACCAAGUGGGUUAUACCACUCCAGCUGAGAGAGGAAGAUCCUCAUUGUACUGCAGUGAUAUUGGUAAGAUGGUCGACUGUGCUGUGAUGCACGUUAAUGGAGAUGAUGCAGAGGAAGUGCUUCGAGCUACCCGAUUGGCCAUGGAGUAUCAGCAGAGAUUCCGUAAGGAUGUGAUUGUCGAUCUGCUGUGUUACAGACAGUGGGGUCAUAAUGAGCUGGAUGAGCCUUUCUUUACCAAUCCUGCCAUGUACAAAAUCAUCAGAUCCCGGAAAAGUAUUCCUGACUCGUAUGCAGACUGCUUGGUAGCAGAAGGACUCCUGACCGAGCAGGAAAUUUCAGAGAUAAAGACGUCGUACUACGCCAAAAUGAACAAGCACUUGACCAACAUGACACUGUACAGCCCACCUCCCACCAACCUGCAGGGCCAUUGGAGGGAGCUGGUGGAGCCGCAGGCUAAGAUCACAACCUGGGACACGGGGCUCUCCACUGACCUGCUGCAGUUCGUGGGAGCCAAGUCUGUAUUCAUCCCUGAGGAUAUCCACCUGCACAGUCAUCUUCACAGGACGCAUAAGGAGGCCAGACUGCGGAAACUGGAAGAGGGAACAAAAUUAGAUUGGUCUACUGUUGAAGCAAUGGCAUUUGGUUCCCUUCUAUGUCAAGGGUUUAAUAUACGUAUCUGUGGACAGGAUGUUGGACGUGGUACAUUCAGUCAGCGUCAUGCGAUGGUAGUCUGUCAGGAAACCAAUGAUAUGUACAUCCCUCUCAAUGACAUAGUGCCGGAACAAAAGGGUUUCUUGGAGGUAUGCAACAGUCCUUUGUCUGAAGAGGCUGUCCUUGGUUUCGAAUAUGGAAUGAGCAUCGAGAGCCCAAUGCUGUUACCAAUCUGGGAAGCCCAGUUUGGAGAUUUUUUUAAUGGAGCUCAAAUUAUAUUUGACACCUUUAUCUCAGGAGGUGAAGCUAAGUGGCUGCUUCAGAGUGGCCUAGUUAUCCUGCUACCGCACGGAUACGAUGGUGCAGGUCCAGAACACUCCUCCUGUCGUAUUGAGCGGUUCCUGCAGUUAUGUGACAGUAAAGAGGAGGGUGUGGAUGGAGACAAUAUCAAUAUGUCAGUGGUAAACCCCACCACUCCUGCACAGUAUUUUCACCUGUUGCGUAGACAGAUGAUCCGGAACUUUCGCAAACCCCUGAUUGUUGCUUCUCCCAAAAUGCUGCUUCGCUUUCCGGGUGCUGUAUCAAGCUUUUCAGAGUUGGCUCCAGGGACAACUUUCAAACCAGUUCUUGGUGACCCAUCUGUGGAUCCCAAAAAUGUGACUAGAGUGGUAUUGUGCUCUGGCAAGCACUACUAUGCCCUGCUUAAACAGAGAGAGGCUUCUGGAGAGGCUCAGAAAAACACUGCCCUGAUCCGAGUGGAGGAGCUUUGCCCAUUCCCUGUGGAGGCACUGCAGCAAGAGCUGAACCAGUACAAAAAUGCAAAAGAUUUCAUUUGGAGUCAGGAAGAACCUCAGAACAUGGGACCAUGGUCUUUUGUAGCCCCAAGGUUUGAAAAACAGUUAUCAUGUAAGCUUCGGCCUGUCAGCCGGCCUCCUCUACCAGCACCUGCCGUUGGGAUUGGAAUGGUCCACCAGAAGCAGCAGGAAACUUUACUGUCUCAAACAUUUUCUUAAAGCAGAGAGAGAGAGAAGGAAAAGAGAAUCGGCGAAGAGUCGCAGAACAGCAGAGGGG